GGGCGGAGCAGCCUCGCCGGCUCCGCUACCCACCAUCUUUGGGGGAAGUCCCUGCGCUGGGGGGGGGGCUGCUGGAGACGGGGGGAGAAAGGCAACCUCGCAGCCAAUGAGCCCUCCCAGGCUGGGGUGAAGACAAGAGGAGAGGGAUUUGGGGAAAAAAAAAAAAAAAAAAAAAAAAGAAGAAGGGAAGAAAGGAGGGGGAAACCAUCCUCCCCGCUACCUCCGCCAGCAUCGCCACCACCAUUGACACUACUCCGAGUCUCCAGUUGCGCUCAUGCCUGUGCCGCCAGUUUCGUUUUAGGGGCUGAACCGCAGGGGCCGAAGAAAAUGGGGCAGAGCGCGCCCCGGACCCUCCUGCUGCUGCUGGCGGGGCUGCUGGGGGAGGCUCUGGCAGGCUUCCCCAACACCAUCAGUAUCGGUGGACUUUUCAUGAGGAACACUGUUCAGGAGCACAGUGCAUUUCGAUUCGCUGUGCAGUUAUACAACACAAACCAAAAUACGACGGAGAAGCCCUUCCAUUUGAACUAUCAUGUAGAUCACUUGGACUCUUCCAACAGUUUUUCAGUGACAAAUGCUUUCUGUUCACAGUUUUCCAGAGGAGUUUACGCCAUCUUUGGAUUCUACGACCAGAUGUCAAUGAACACACUGACAUCAUUUUGUGGAGCACUUCACACAUCCUUCGUCACACCCAGCUUCCCAACGGAUGCAGAUGUGCAGUUUGUCAUCCAGAUGCGGCCAGCAUUAAAAGGAGCCAUCUUGAGUCUCUUGACUCAUUAUAAGUGGGAAAAGUUUGUGUACCUCUAUGACACAGAACGGGGAUUUUCCAUUCUUCAGGCGAUUAUGGAAGCAGCAGUACAGAACAACUGGCAAGUGACAGCCAGAUCUGUAGGAAGCAUAAAGGAUGUUCAAGAGUUCAGAAGAAUUAUAGAGGAGAUGGACAGGCGGCAAGAAAAAAGAUACUUAAUUGACUGUGAAGUAGACAGAAUCAACACCAUUUUGGAACAGGUUGUAAUCCUCGGCAAACAUUCUAGAGGCUAUCACUACAUGUUAGCUAACCUGGGCUUCACAGACAUUGUUCUGGAGAGAGUAAUGCACGGAGGUGCCAACAUUACUGGAUUCCAGAUUGUUAAUAAUGAAAACCCAAUGGUUCAACAGUUUCUACAACGCUGGGUGAGGCUCGAUGAAAGAGAAUUCCCAGAAGCCAAAAACUCACCGUUAAAGUAUACGUCUGCACUGACCCAUGAUGCGGUCCUAGUCAUAGCAGAGGCUUUCCGUUACCUCCGAAGACAGCGUGUGGACGUGUCCAGGAGAGGUAGUGCUGGAGACUGCCUGGCUAACCCUGCAGUACCAUGGAGCCAAGGAAUUGAUAUAGAAAGAGCGCUGAAAAUGGUGCAAGUUCAAGGAAUGACAGGGAACAUCCAGUUCGACACCUAUGGGCGGAGAACAAAUUACACAAUUGAUGUGUAUGAAAUGAAAGCCGCUGGAUCACGGAAGGCUGGUUAUUGGAAUGAAUAUGAAAGAUUUGUGCCAGCAUUAGAUCAACUGCCCUCUAAUGACACUUCAUCCGUGGAGAACAGAACUAUAGUAGUCACUACCAUCUUGGAAUCACCAUAUGUAAUGUAUAAGAAAAACCAUGAACAACUAGAAGGGAAUGAGAGAUAUGAAGGAUAUUGUGUAGACUUAGCUUCUGAAAUAGCAAAACAUGUUGGAAUAAAAUACAAACUGUCAAUUGUUGGAGAUGGGAAAUAUGGAGCUAGGGACCCUGAGACUAAGAUAUGGAAUGGCAUGGUGGGUGAACUGGUCUAUGGGAGAGCAGAUAUAGCUGUUGCCCCCCUCACCAUAACAUUGGUGCGAGAAGAAGUCAUAGACUUUUCCAAACCCUUUAUGAGCUUGGGCAUCUCCAUCAUGAUCAAGAAGCCUCAGAAAUCUAAACCGGGCGUAUUCUCUUUCCUGGAUCCUUUGGCUUAUGAAAUUUGGAUGUGUAUAGUCUUUGCUUACAUUGGCGUCAGCGUAGUUCUUUUCCUAGUGAGCAGAUUCAGCCCUUACGAAUGGCACUUGGAAGACAGCAGUGAAGAACCACGUGACCCUCAGAAUCCUCCCGACCCUCCAAAUGAGUUUGGAAUAUUUAACAGCCUUUGGUUUUCCCUGGGUGCCUUUAUGCAGCAAGGAUGCGAUAUUUCUCCAAGAUCUCUCUCAGGGCGAAUUGUCGGAGGAGUCUGGUGGUUCUUCACUCUCAUCAUUAUCUCUUCCUACACUGCUAAUCUUGCUGCCUUCCUUACGGUGGAAAGGAUGGUUUCUCCCAUAGAGAGCGCAGAGGACCUGGCUAAACAAACCGAAAUAGCCUAUGGCACUUUGGAUUCAGGCUCAACCAAAGAAUUCUUUAGAAGGUCAAAAAUAGCCGUCUACGAGAAAAUGUGGUCGUACAUGAAGUCGGCCGAGCCCUCGGUGUUCACCAAAACGACGGCGGACGGGGUGGCGAGGGUGCGGAAGUCGAAGGGGAAGUUUGCCUUCCUGCUGGAGUCGACGAUGAACGAGUACAUCGAGCAGCGCAAGCCCUGCGACACCAUGAAAGUUGGCGGCAACCUGGAUUCCAAGGGCUAUGGUGUAGCAACCCCCAAAGGCUCAGCAUUAAGAACUCCUGUAAACCUUGCAGUAUUGAAACUCAGUGAACAAGGCAUCUUAGACAAGCUGAAAAACAAAUGGUGGUACGAUAAGGGUGAAUGUGGAGCCAAGGACUCCGGAAGUAAGGACAAGACGAGCGCCCUGAGCCUGAGCAAUGUUGCCGGGGUUUUCUAUAUCCUUGUCGGAGGCCUCGGGCUGGCCAUGAUGGUGGCACUGAUCGAGUUCUGCUACAAGUCUCGGGCCGAGUCCAAGCGAAUGAAACUCACCAAGAACACGCAGAACUUCAAACCUGCUCCCGCCACCAACACCCAGAAUUACGCUACGUACAGAGAAGGCUACAACGUGUACGGCACAGAAAGUGUGAAAAUCUAGGGAUCGUCACCCUGACAGCACGCAAGAGGAGAAGCAGCAGAGAAUGUGGCUACUUCAUGGAUUCGGACCACCUGAGCCAGUCGUACUCUCGCCGAGGUGUCAGGCAUGACACGCAUUGAUGAUGGUGCAAUGUACUUUUAAUAGGAAAAACUGAUAUUUUUCCUUCAGUGCCUUAUGGAAGACUCUGAGACUCACAACAAUGCAAACCAUCACCGAAAUAUUCUUGCUUUGCUUGAAAGAAGAAGAAGAAACAGUAAAAGAAAAAGAAAAAAGAAAAAAAAAAAGAAAAAGAAAAGAGAUAAAAGAAAAGAAAGGAAAGAAAAAGAAAGAAGAGAGAAGAAAAAGAGAAAGAAAAAAGAAAGGAAAAGAGAAAGAAAAGAAAGGAAAAGAGGAAAAGAAAAGGAAAGGACUGGUAACAAGAUAUUAGUAUGUGAAAAAAAAUUCUUGUAAAAAAAAUCAGUGCAACAAAAGCCAUUCUUUGAUACCACUGCACAGUAAAUGAACUUGUGUCCUGAAAGCAAACCGCAGCUGGUUUCAUCAGCUACCCCAAUUGUAUCAAAUUAUGAAACUCCUCCUGACACAAAGCCUCAGAAAUCUGCUGCGUGCGAACACGGACUGGCCUGUCACUGCUUGUAUGAGCUGAUGUCAAGAUGUUUCAGUAUUUACUUACCAGUGGUGUGAUUUUUUUUUUUUUUUUCCGAGCCACUUUAAACUUUCCAGCUAAUUUGAGCAAUUCUGUAUAGCAGUAAAAGGUGUAACAUCUAAAGAAAAGAAUUGUGCAUUAAAACCCGUUAAGGUCAAUGACUGUGAAUCUGUAAAUCCAAAAGAAAGUAAUUUGUGGAACUGCAUGUCUUGCUUCCAGAUCAGUAAAUUAAUUUCUUGACAAGGUAGCUAAAGUGUGGGCAGAAAAUAUUGCAUUCCUUUUUUUUUUUUUUUUUCUAUCAUCAGGCAUACCUACAGGUGCUUUAUUAAAAUGACAUUGGGUGGCUUUUAAAAAAAAAAAAAAAGAAAAGCUACUUGCUGUUUAGGUUCAGACCAUAUAUCUCUUUUCUUGCUGUGCAUUUGCAUUUAAUUCACUGUUUAAUAUCAAGCAAUGAAGCAAGAGAAACGCAGGUUAGUUUUUCCCAGGCCUGCUUCCACUUCACCCCAGUUCUCUCACAACUAGCACUGUGCUCCGCUAAUGCUUCUCGGUAAUGGUCAUUUUAAAACAAAAGUAAGGAAAGAGGAUAGUAACUCAAAUUAGAGCUGCAGUUCCAGAGUAAUAUUAAGCGAUCUAACAUGACUCCUGCUAGUACUGUUAUAUUAUAUCAGCUCCUGCCAACUCUUGUUUCAUGGCUACUGGUGAGAGGAUGCUCCUGUCCUUGCCCUCUCUGUAAAGAGGACACCGCGCUCCAGCCGACACUGCUACAGGUAGGGGCUCACUAUUACUCACAGCCAACGUCUUAGACAGCAGCAGCGUUUCAGCCUUGAACCUCUGCCUGGAAACUACUUAACUUCAUCUUUUUAAAAAAAAAAAAAAAAAAAAAAAAGCAAAAGACAAAAAAAAAAACAACCAACCUUUAAACAUAUUGUCAAUCACAUGGGAAAUGUUCAAUGGAAUAUCUGCAUACUAAUUACCUCUAAUCGACAAUAUGUAUUUUCUGUAGUUUACUAUAGAGUUUUAUUUCAUCAGUAACAUACAAUGAAAAAGAAACGCAUUUAAACCAGUCUGACCCUUAGGCGUUUAGUUUGCUGAUGAUAGAUUUGAACUUUUAAUAGGAUUUAAAAAAAAGAAAAAGAUUAUAUGGGGAAAGUCUUGUUAAAAAUAAGUAUUUCCAACAAAAUGUAAUAUAAAAUAAUUUUAAAAGCUCAUAGGAGAAUAAUUUAUUGUUCGAGUUUUUAACAAGAUCUUGACAAAAAAUUGUUGUUUUGUUUUCAUUUUCUUUCCAUGAAACUGUGAUUAUUUUUUUUUUUCAACUUCUGAACGCGAUCACGACCCCAGCAAGGGCGAGCUAAAGCUGUGCGGUUAUGAGUUGUAUUUAAAACAAACCUUUUUCUUAAAAGCUGUAUAAAAGAUGUAUGUUUAUCAGAUCAAUUUUUAAGAAUGGAGGCUUCACACCAGUGAAGGGAGUUUGGUAAAUGGUUCGAUAUUUUUUAAACUUGCAUGUAAAGCUAAAACAAAACGUGUUGAGUGCUUACCAAUUCCGGCUACCAACUUCAAGCUAUCGGAAGUUUGGCAGUAGUCUCACGAUGAUUUGUUUCGGUAUUUGUUUUUCAUUUGUUUUGCUUUGGGGGAUUUUGGGGUUCUUUCCUUUUUUUUUUUUUUUUUUUUUCCCUUUUUUUUUUUUUUUUUUUUUUUUUUUUUUUUUUUUUUGUAAUUUAAGUUCCUAUUUUUGGUCGUUGAAACUGCACUUCAGUGAGCAGAAAAAUUGCCAAGCAAACUAAUGGCUGUAAAAGCAUAAACUGCAUGUGUGGGCAUCAAUUACUGAGCCUCAUUUUAAUGAGGUGUUGUACAAAGAGUUUUAAUACAUUUUGUAAAUAAAACUGUAAAGAAAAAAAAAAUAAAAAGCCCACUGAUCUUUU